AUGUUCCGUACCAACGACAUGAUCUUGUACAAGAGUCGGAUGUGUCAUGAGCUGGACCGCGAACUGGGGGACAUCCAGGUGGACAUCGCCAACCACGAGACCAGGAUCAUGAUGAGGCUGGUGGAGGCCCUGCUGCUCCAGGCUUCCACCUUCGUCCACUUGGUUCAGCGGAUUCUCAUGCUGGAUUGCUUACUCUCCUUCGCUGUGGUGUCGCGUGAGUGCGGGUGGGUGCGGCCUCAGCUGACGAAGGAAGCCGUGCUGGAGGUGGAGGACGCCCGUCAUCCCCUCUACGAGCUUUGCCACCCCGCCUCGAUCGCACAACCCCAUCAGGAAGUCUGGGCGUCCGGAUCGCGUUAUGUCAUUACGGGAAAUAUAAUUCAUCUACCUGUUGAUUUUGACCAGCGCGGUGCCUCAUAUCCCAUUCUAAUGCCUUAUACUCAUGUGCCCUGGUAUGUAGCCCAGUGCCUCAUACCCUUAGGCCUAACAUGUAGUCCAAAAUGGCAUGUCCUCAUGCCCGACGUAUCUGAUGCCUCAUACUGA